AUGGUUGAAUUACUACACUCCAUAAAGGCGCAUAACGAUAAGGCUUGGAGUGUCUCUGUCCAUCCUACUUUACCAAUUAUUGCCACGGCAUCUACAGACAAGUCCACAAAACUAUACAAGCUCUCCACUAAACAGAAAUUCCCAUUAGUUGCUGAGUUAGAAGAUACCCAUAAAAGAUCAAUACGUUCAGUUGCAUUUAAACCUCCCUUAGGUGGAGUUGAUGCCCCUAAAUUGGAUUUUUUAGACUUACCAGCAUUAGCAGCCGGUUCCUUUGAUUCCACAAUUAGUGUAUGGGGAAUUGAUGAACCGGACGUUGAAUAUGAUAUUGAUGAAGUGGUUGCUAAUCAAAAGGAAAUACUUACUAGUCCUAAUAAUGAAUGGAAUUUAAUGGCAAUUAUAGAAGGUCAUGAGAAUGAAGUAAAAGCUGUUGAUUGGAAUUUCCAAGGGCAAUAUUUAGCUUCUUGUUCAAGAGAUAAAACUGUUUGGAUAUGGGAAACUGAUCCAGAAACUUUAGAAGAAUUUGAAUGUGUUGCCGUGUUGAAUGAUCAUUCACAAGAUGUGAAGAAUGUUUCUUGGCAUCCAUCAAUGAAUAUAUUGGCCAGUUCUUCUUAUGAUGAUACAAUUAGAAUAUAUCAACAAGAUAUCGCUGGGGAUGAAUGGUCUUGUGUUGGUAUUUUGAAUGGACACGAGGGAACUGUUUGGUGUUCGAAAUUUGAAAGUUUUAAAAGUCCCACGGCUGAUUCAAGUAUUUUAAGAUUAGUUUCUGCUAGUGAUGAUUUGUCAGUGAGAAUAUGGGUAGCAAAAAGAGAGGAAGAGGAAGAUAAACCAGAACUACCAAGUUCGAUCAAGCAUACCAAGGAAAUGGUAUGGGAAGUAGAAUCUGUUUUACCUGCCGUUCACAAGUAUCCCGUUUAUUCUGUGGCGUGGUCUUCAUUAACAGGGAAAAUUGCCAGUGCUGGCUCUGAUGGCAAAAUCGUUGUGUAUUCAGAAGCUGAAAAGGGGAAAUGGGUAAUCGAUUCUGUUCAUGAAGGGUCACAUGGAGUUCAUGAAAUAAACUGUGUGAUUUGGGCACAGUUGGAUGAUGAGAACGAAAUAUUGGUGAGUGCUGGAGACGAUGGAUAUGUGAAUUUGUGGAACGUAUAG